AUGUUUGUCUUGCUCUGCAUCUUGCUUUUGGUGGGAUCUGCCAGCUCCCAGUGGAAAGACGACGACUACUCAUUUUCUCUGCCAGUAGGAAACCCACACGGACACACUUAUGUCAUUCAGCGUCCUGGAAGAAUUACUGGCGUUCGAGUGUGGGCGCUUUAUAACAGUCGCAUAACAGGCAUCCAGCUUCGCAACGGCUACUCCUGGAGUCACAUUGCAGGCUACACAACAGGCCCAGUUCAAGAGAUGUUAUUGUAUGAAAAUGAGGCAAUUGUGCAGCUUUCUGGAAAAUACAGCUACAGGAUAGAUUCUCUGAUAUUUACUACCAACAUGGGUCGUUCCCUGUAUGCUGGCCAACCUCGUGGGAACUCAUUCAACAUGUACCCCCACAGCAAAAAGGCUGAACUUCGCUUCAUCAGUGGUCGUCAGAGUGGCGGCAUCUUCACCAUUGGGGCACACUGGGGAGUUGUGACUGACCCUAAUGCAAACACUAACAAUACUAAUACUUACUAG